AAUAAACACAAAUAUUUUCUCUUGUGCAAACUUUAGUUCAUAACAAUUUUUCUUUGUGCAAACUCCUGCCAAUACCCAAUAUUUCGCACCCUACUUCAGUCGAAAAGAAGCAAUGGGCCAGGUAAAGAGCCAGUUUAGUGAGGACGAGCUGCAAGAUUAUGAAGAUUUGACAUACUUUACGAAGAAAGAAAUUUUGUACGCACACAAGAAGUUCAAGAAUCUCGCGCCUGAGAAAGUGGGACACAACAAGAAUGCAAAGCUCUCCAUGAGCAAAGUCCUUGAGUAUCCGGAACUGAAGGCCAACCCGUUCGGGGACAGAAUCUGCAUGGUAUUUAGCUCGAGCAACGAUGGCGAUAUAACGUUCGAAGAUUUUCUCGACAUGAUGUCCGUGUUUUCCGAUGCUGCACCAAAGUCGGUAAAGGCUGAGCACGCCUUCCGGAUCUAUGAUUUCGAUGGUGACGAUAUGAUAGGCAGGAAUGAUUUGAAACUAGUCAUUCAACGGCUGGUGGAUAACAAUUCCGAUCUAGGCCACAGCGACAUUGAUCAACUGAUUAAUAACAUCUUGGAGGAAGCUGAUUUAGAUGAUGAUGGAGCACUGUCGUUUGCAGAAUUUGAGCAUAUUAUCGACAAAUCGUCAGAUUUCAUUAACUCCUUCCGCAUACGACUAUAACUUGCGGUUGCGUCUCCCACCCGCCCAACCUAUAUUACUCAAACAUGUUCGAAUGUAUCACUAACGAAUCAUUUAGUCCAACUCGUGAUGUAAGUUAAGUAUAUGUAAACGCACAUUUUCAUAAUAAAAUUGUAUUUUUAUUGUUUUGAA